AAACAAAAAGAAUUUUCGGAAAAAGUCAGUUAAAAUUAUCGAAAACAAUAAACAACUUCUAUUGUCAGUUUCCGAUCAAUUUGGUCUGGUUUUUUUAUAUUUGUUUGCCUCUGUUAACUGUAUAUACUCCGUAUAUAUGCUUAUAUAUAUACUUGGAAGAAUAAAGUCUUAUUUUAUAUAAUGGAUGGUAUGUUGGGAAAUCUGAAUGGACGAUUCAAGCAGCUGAAAAAUGUAGAGGGUAAACGCAUGGCCAUUAAGCUGCUAGGAUUCUAUGCGAUGGGAUGGACGCUUAGGAAACUUCUCAAAUAAAUGGACCUGUAUCGCUAAUAAAUUUAAUAAAUUUGGUGUGUUAUGAAACAA